UCAAGAAUAGUCGAAAAGAUAAAACAACAUGUGGCACAAUUAUCAAAGUUUAGAGAUAUGUAACUAACAAAGAAAUUUAGAAAUUUUGUAUAAUUCAAUAAUUAUGUGGAGUGGUUUCCUGACAGAUUGGGUGAAUUGAAUGCAAAAUAACUUUUGAAGAGUUAUAAUCCUCAAUUUCUUUUGUCAAGUUUCCACUCCUUCCCCCCGGCCCCCUCCACACACACACACAUCCAGCUCUUGUUGUUCUAAUUCUGAAUCCUGCUCUUCCUUCUGCUAUGCUGGAUUUGUAGUAGAGACAUGCAUCCAGGUCUCCUGUGUCUCAGGAAGACCUGCCAUAACCAUGAAGCUGUUGGAUAUUUGGGGCAGGUCUUUCUCAGUCUGUCACGUUGAAGCUGUUCCAGUUUGUAGAUAAUAAUCAUUGGACUUCAGGAAGUGUACUAAUUGCCUGUCAGCUGUAGAAUCAGUCUUUCUUCCCCUUUCCCCCAGCCCUCUUUCUCAGCACUAGUCCCUGAAUAUAUAGUUUAUACUAAGUGGAAUAGCUUCAAACAAGAGAAAUUGGGCAAGAGGUAGCACAGAAUACCCAAUUGCAUGAUUGGUUAUGGUACUUUUCUGGCUUGUGAAAAACCUGGAUUCAAACCCCUAUUACAAAUUAGACAGAGGGUCUCCUGCUUCUUGGACGAGUACCCGUUCUACUGGAAUAUUGAGAAGAAUAGGGAACAUAGGCCCCUUAACAAGUCUGACUUAUUUUAUGUGAGAGGCCUGAUCUGAUAAACAUUCACAUAGCAUGGGUACCAUUGAUGAGGUGGAUGUAAGAAGGCCCAGUUUAAGAAUCCAGGUGAAGCUUAGGUGCCAGUGAGCUUAGUAGUAUCAGGACUUUGUGGUUUCAUACCUGCCUAUAAGCAGAAAUGCCUAAGGACAUGUGGUGCUUACAGGUUUAGGGAGGAACUAAAAAGGGUUUUGUGGGUCUUGGUAGCACCUAAGUGUUGGAUUUGGAUAUUAAAAGUAACAGUUAAGCUCAAAGGACUCUUCUGCAAGGAAUAGAGGGGGUUUAGUUCAUGCUACAUGAAAUAAAUGAGUUGUUGCACAGUUCAGUGACACACAUUUCCAUUAUGCAGCUCUUAAUAUUUAUUAACCUGCAAAGUAACGUGCAUUCUAUUCUCCAGUUUGAAAGCAUAGUCAAUUCACUGCAUUUAUUAAUAAACAUUAAUGUUCAUGUGGGCCCAUCUGUACUGUGCAUCUUUUGGCCAUCCUCCAUCUGUCAAGUCAUGCUCCUUUGCCAUCCUAUCAGGACAGAUCAGUCUAUUUACUCCUGUGUCCUUUACUGCUGUGGGUCAUGGUGAGCAGCUGUCAUUUUCCCUGUUCUGGCAUGUGGCCGGGAUCCAUCCAUUUGUGACUGUCUGCUGCUGGAGUCAGUAUAAGCACACUGUUGCUUACAUUACUGGAUUGUGGUACUUUCUCAUUUCUCCGACACCCAGCUAGAGCUGCUGCAAAGGUCUCAGAAUUGAGAGGAGAAAUAUUAUUUUUGAUGCUAUGAAAACUGAACAGAAACUGGAUCUGCGAUUACAGCUUCCUGCAUCGGUUUGGGGAAUUCAACAUCACCACCACCAGGACAGGCAGGAAAACCAGUGCCAGGCUACAAUGUGAUGAUUCUGGAUAAUAACAAGCAAACAGCGAAGACCAAGACUUUAGGAAAUAUUGUGGUAAAGUUGCCUUUGCCUCCUGGUGCCUUCUCAGGUCUUUGGGAAAAUCAGGAAAUGACCGAGAAGAUAUAUUUCCAAAAAUUUCCAGGUUACUAUGAUACCAUGGAUGCAGGUUACAUGGAUGAGGAAGGCUAUUUAUAUGUGCUGUCUCGAGUUGAUGAUGUGAUCAAUAUUGCAGGUCAUAGAAUUUCGGCAGGAGCAAUUGAGGAGAUUAUCCUUUCCCAUGGUGCUGUGACUGACUGCGCAGUUGUGGGCCUGGAGGAUGCUUUGAAAGGUCACGUUCCAUUAGCACUGUGUGUAUUGAGAAAUGAUGUAAAGAUAGAAGAAGAGAAAGUUUUGGAAGGGAUUGUUAAAUGUGUUCGACAGAACCUUGGUCCUGUGGCAGCCUUCCAAAAGGCAGUGUUCGUGAAACAGAUACCAAAGACACGUUCUGGCAAGAUACCACGUUCUGCUCUUUCUGCCCUUGUCAAUGGCAACCCAUAUCAGAUAACACCAACCAUUGAGGAUCCUCAUGCAUUUAAACAUAUAGAAGAAGUGCUGAAGAACAAAUAAAAGUAACUGUUGUCCAUCUUAUAGUAUAUUGUACUAACAAACCUCCUAAUGAACUGAAUUUAUAGAGUUUCUGUUCAGCAAUGCAAGAUAUUUAAAAAUCUGAAAUAAUCUGUGGCUAUUUUUUUUACUAUAAAGCUGUUACUGUAUUCUUUAUCAUGGACAGCAAAAUAUACUGAGUGUAUAGGAAGGACAUUGUAAUUUUUAUUUUACUGGAUGUUGAGAUGUUUAACUAUGCAAUGGCAAAGAGUUUUAACAGCAUCUUGGAAGGAAGGUCCAUGGAUUCAUAUAUUUUAAGGCAAGAAAGGAUAUUAGAUCCUGUAAUCUGACCUCUUUAAUCACAGGCUCUUGAAUGUUGCCUGGUGCCCCAUCACUUGUAAUUUGUAUUUGCUUAAGGCAUAUCUUUGGAAAGGCUUCCUAAAUCACUUGCAUUUAAAAAUAUCAAGAGAUGGAGAAUCCACCACUUAACUUGGUUGUGUGUUGCAACACAAAAUCACCCUUGCUGUUAAGAAUUUCUUCCUUAUUUUCAAUUUAAAUGGUCUGAUUUCAGCUAUUUUUGUGGCUUUCUCUUGUAGAUUAAAGAGCACUUUCAAAUGGUAUUUUUCUCAGUGAAGGCUCUUAUACACUGUACUCAACUCCCCUCUCAAUCUUCUUUUUUGAUAAGCUUAAACGCAUAAGCUUCAUAAGCCUCACUGAUAGGCAUUUUCUCCAGCUCCCAAUAAAGUUUUCCAGUUCCCUUUCCAGUUUCUCAAUACCCUAUUUAAAAUAUGGAUGAAAGAACUGUCACAGUAUUCUAGUAUCCAUCUCACUAAUGCUGUAUGCAGAGGUAAAAUCACCCCCAAUUACUCCUCCUUCCACAAUUACUCUCUUUCCAUGCCAUCCAACUGAAAGGUCAUUUUGUGGCAUUUGUCCACUAUAACACCUAGAUUCUUUUCAGAGACUGCUUUCCAGUUAGCUUUGCAUUCGGCUAUGUUAAAAUAUAUUUUGUUCAAAAUGGUUUACCAGUUUACCAGGUGCUGCAAAUCAUUAUGUAUGGCUGCCCUUUUCUCCUCACUAUUUAAUCUUCUGCUGCUCCUUGUGUCUUCCCCAGAUUUUUAUCAGAAAUGAUUUCAAAUACUGGAUUUCCAGAUAAUGGAUACAACUUGUAGAAUUGUAUCCAAAUUAGUUUUUUACCUCUGCUGAAUUUUGUUAGGAUCACCACUUUUUAGAGGGUGCACCAUUAACAACUAUUUUUUUAAAUCUACCAAAUAGCUGGUUCUCAUCCUAGUUAACUGUUAACCUGUGCUUCAUUGAUUUUAUGUAGUGCCAAUUUUUUAAUCACCAUGUCAUGCACUAAGUCAGUUAUCUUACAUCAUGCUGUUACAACUAAGCUGCUACCUUUAUUAACCAAACUUGCCAUCUUAUCAAAGAAUAAAAUCAAGUUUGUUUGGCAGGACCUAUUAUUUUUCCAUAAAAUCAUUAUAAUUGACAUUAAUUAUAUUUCUGUGCUUUUGUUCUUCAUCAAUUGAAUUUCAUAUCACCUUUUCACUGUUUUGUGAAGGACUGACAAUUAAUCAGCCUGAUUUUCACUCUUGGUACGUUUAGUACUGUUUUAGUUUUCUAGAACUCCACAGUAUUCCAAGAUUGAUUGAGAGUUUACAUCAGUGGUCCAGUGAUUUCAUCAGUUAGCUCUUUAAAGGCUCUUGGGUACCAGGUUAGGUUGAUAUAAAAAUAUCUGUAGUGAAUUUAUUACUAAGAGAAUAGAAAGUACUUUUAUCAUCUCCAGGGUGUACAAACAUAUUGUUCUGCUUUUUGCAAACACACAAUAGAAAUAUUUUUGACCAUUCUUCCCUUCUGUGCAUCAUUAAUAAUAUUAACAGCCCUGCCAUUAAUAGGGAUAUAAAAUUACUGGAUUUCUUUUUUCUAAUAAACUUGAAAUGUCCCUUUUUAGUGUCUUUAGCCCUGUAAGUCAUAGUUGUUUUCUAUGUCUUUAGGUUCCUUUACCAAUUUAUGUUGUACAACUUUUGAAUUAGAUCAGUUGCUUUUUGUUUCCUCUUUCCACCAUUAUAUGGAAUUAUAUUUAACUGGUGCCUUCACUUUGCUACUGAAUCAGCAUGGGCUUUUAUUCAAAGUUGUUCUUUUUUCUUGCUUCUGGAAUUGCAGCUCUUUGACCAAAAUGUUUGUGGUGGAAGAUACUCAUUUGUCCAUUUCUUACUUUAAGGUUAUUUUACAGUUGAGAGAGGAAAAAACUCAAAGCCUUUUAAGACCAUACGUCUUCCUAAAUAUUGCAGCUAUAGCUCAUACAGAAGCUUUGUGCAGUGAUUUCUUUGAUUUGACUUGGGUGGCUUUCUUGGUUUGUGUUAUACAGGAGGUCAGACUUAGGCUUCUGGCCUUAAAGUAUAUGAAACUCUGUUUAUGACUGACCCUUGAUUUAUUGUUAAUUGUAAUAGUGUUGAAUGAAAAACUAUGAUGUGGAAACUUGUGUUAAAGAUGGACCAUCUGCUUACACUCUGAAUUUGCUGACUUCCUUAAUUUAUGUCAUUCUUAUGAAAGGGAUAACCAGUUAGUAUCUGUCUGUACUGUUGCCAUGUAACCACAUCCUUCAACUUCACUGUGACCUUAUAUGACCAAAGAGUUAAUCCUGCAGCUAUCAGAGAGCCCAUUCCUGCAAGGUGUUCCAGAGUGCUGAGAGUUUGCUUGAGUGACUUUAUGCUUUUGGGAGAUCCUUAAGUGUUAAAGAUGCUCAGCAUAUCACCAGACGGAUUCCAUACCACUGUAAUUUGCUGCUUUACUGUCAGGUAGUAUCUUUUCACUGCAUGAUGCAUUUAAUAAUUUAUUAUUCUUUUUAGAUAAAAAAUAUACAGAACAUCAGGGGAAAAGGUUUUUAGAAAGCAAAACAAGGGAGUCACUAUAUAUUAGUGUCUCCAGUCACUUUCCUGAUCUCCACACUCAAAAAGAAUACUAUUAGAUUUAAAGAAUAUUUAUAUACAGUAAUGAGAGCACCCAUUGUUUUUUUUCAAUGACAAUAUCUUCUCAAAGGCAACCAUCCAGAAAGGCUGGUAUCACCUACAGAGUAAAGGUAUCAGAUGCCAGAACUAUUGACACAUGCAUUUAACACAACUGUUAAUUUUCAUGGCCAAAUAAAAUAACUGGCAGGCUAUAAGGGAUUGGAAGUAGUGAAGAAUAAUUAGGGUGAUUCCCAUUCAAGUGCCCUGCUGGGCUAUGAGCACUUUUUAGGGCUGGAGCCAUAGGCCAUGUUGUCAUGGCACCCUCAAAUACACCGUGCAGCACUGUGUGUAUUAUUCCCCACCUCCUAAACAGGAGCAGUGUAACCAGACUAUGUAGUUCUAGGGCAGUGCAGGUAAGCUAACUGGCAUCGUCACUUGGCAGUGGUAAUUAGCAGGGAUCUGGGUUUUCCAUUUCCUACGGAAAAAUGGAGAAAACCAUGGAUUUUCCAUUUUUAUCAGAGAAAACAUGGAUUUCCCCUUUUAACAGAGUAACCUGUGGAUUUCUCACUUUUGCAAAGAGCUCUUGCAGGCUGGCUGAGUUCCAGCCUGCAAGAGCUGAUUGCAAAAAGGGUGGAAGCCCCAACCCUGCCCAGAAGGGGAGGGAGAGGAGGAUGGGUGGGGCCUGAGGCUUUUAGUCAAGUCUUGGGUCAGACUAUAUUUCCUUCUGGAGCCUGUGAAGUGGUAAGUGGGGCUUGCAGUGGCCUGGGGGGUUGCCAGGCAGGGCUGGGGCAGAAGCUGACUGGGGGUUGAGAGAGUGGGGAGGUUUGCAGCUGGCUGGGAGCUGGGGGGGUUUGCAGCCACCUGGGGGAUUUUCAGGAGGUG